CAUCACCCUAAAGCAGAAGGUCGGAAUCAUCACAAACGUAUAAAAAGGGGUUGGGAUAACUUGUGUCCAGUCGAGCGUUCAGUGCCAUCAAUAAAAGUGAAAUCGGUUGAAAACUAAUUCAGAAUGGAAAGAAUCACGGUGAUUGUACUUUUUAUCGCAGCAUUUGCAGGAGUAGAAUCGUUUUCUUUGAAACCAAGUUCUGACAAGCAAAAUGAAGUCGAAAUUAUCCAUUUUCACUGGCCCUCUGAUGCCGCUUUGAUGGGAAGAAUUCCAGAUAAAGAAUCAUUUUAUUUUAAACACGCCGAGGUGGACAUACUCCCACAAAAUUUUACUGAUCAAUUUGCGAAAUGCAUUAGCAUAAUUUUUUAUGGGAAGUUGGUUAGAACAAUUCACAUUAGCCCGAAAUUAACGAACAUUGAGUUAGGUUUCACAUCCACUGAAAACGUUAUCAUUGAACGGGAAAAGCACUACCAGCUUGAAAAAUUUGCGUGUUAUGAAGCAAACCUAACAAGUAUUCCAGAGAACAUUGAUCAACUGAAAAAAUUGAAACAUUUAGAUCUCAAUAGUAACUUGAUACAAAUAGUUCAUCUAGACCAGUUGAAUGGCUUAGACAAUUUGAACACUCUUGAUCUAUCUUCCAAUGAAAUAGAACACAUUUACAAUCAUGGAUCGAUGAGGUUGCCAUCACUUACCAAUUUACAUCUUAAAUACAAUCAAUUAUUACAUUUUGAUGCUUGUGGUUGGAACAUGCCUGCGCUCUUCCACCUUGAUAUUUCCUAUAACAAUUUGACACAUUUUGCAAUCCAUCAUUUCCGCGCACUAGAAGAAGUAUUGAUGUCUGGCAACCCAAUGCACUGCGCGUGGAAGAAUAAUUUAAUAAGAGACAAAUCAGGUAUAAAAAUUAAAGGAGUGAAAUUUUGCGACGAACAGCAGAAUUUCUCUCGAAACGACGACAGAUCUCAGGCAACCGAUCAUUCAAAGCAGCAGAAUUCCAGUUUCAACUCCAGGUUAGGCCAGAUUGAAGGUACAAAAACGAAUAUCGACCAACAGUUCGCCGAAAUCAACAAACGAUUCCAAAAGAUAGAGGCGAUGCUGGAAAAUCUUAGCGGAAAGGUCAUCGAACAGCAAAAUGUCUCAAACGACAUAAUCGAGGCCUUUUACAGGGCAGAAAUUGAGCGAACCGCUCAAAUCAAGAAAAAUCCCUAAUCUUGGCUAUAAAUAAGUAUUUAUGUUUGGAAAUAAUAGUUUUUUCAUAAGUAUGAUGGCAUGUUCUUAUAAAUAUCAAAGUUUUCUUUAAUAAACUUUAUAUAGAAGAAGCAUA